AUGUGGUCUAGGCACCCCCUUCUCCCAGAUUCCACCCCCUUCUCCCACAUUCCAUCCCCUUCUCCCAUAUCCCAUCCCCUUCUCCUAGAUUCCAUCCCCUUCUCCCAGAUUCCAUCCCCUUCUCCCAGAUUCUAUCCCCUUCUCCCAGAUUCCAUCCCCUUCUCCCAAAUUCCAUCCCCUUCUCCCAGAUUCCAUCCCCUUCUCCCAUAUUCCAUCCCCUUCUCCCAGAUUCCAUCCCCUUCUCCCAGAUUCCAUCCCCUUCUCCCAGAUUCCAUCCCCUUCUCCCAGAUUCCAUCCCCUUCUCCUAGAUUCCAUCCCCUUCUCCCAGAUUUCACCCUCUUCUCCCAGAUUCCACCCCCUUCUCCCACAUUCCAUCCCCUUCUCCCAAAUUCCAUCCCCUUCUCCCAGAUUCCAUCCCCUUCUCCCAUAUUCCAUCCCCUUCUCCCAGAUUCCAUCCCCUUCUCCCAGAUUCCAUCCCCUUCUCCCAGAUUCCAUCCCCUUCUCCCAGAUUCCAUCCCCUUUUCCCAGAUUCCAUCCCCUUCUCCCAGAUUCCAUUCCCUUCUCCCAGAUUCCAUCCCCUUCUCCCAGAUUCCAUCCCCUUCUCCCAGAUUCCAUCCCCUUCUCUCAGAAUCCAUCCCCUUCUCCCAAAUUCCAUCCCCUUCUCCCAGAUUCCAUCCCCUUCUCCCAUAUUCCAUCCCCUUCUCCCAGAUUCCAUCCCCUUCUCCCAGAUUCCAUCCCCUUCUCCCAGAUUCCAUCCCCUACUCCCAGAUUCCAUCCCCUUCUCCCAUAUUCCAUCCCCUUCUCCCAGAUUCCAUCCCCUUCUCCAAGAUUCCAUCCCCUUCUCCGAGAUUCCAUCCCCUUCUCCCAGAUUCCAUCUCCUUCUCCCAGAUUCCACUCCCUUCUCCCAGAUUCCAUCCCUUUCUCCCAGAUUCCACCCCCUUCUCCCAGAUUUCAUCCCCUUCUCCCAGAUUCCAUCCCCUUCUCCCUGAUUCCAUCCCCUUCUCCCAGAUUCCAUCCCCUUCUCCCAGGUUCCAUCCCCUUCUCCCAGAUUCUAUCCCCUUCUCCCAGAUUCCAUCCCCUUCUCCCAGAGUCCACCCCCUUCUCCCAGAUUUCAUCCCCUUCUCCCAGAUUCCACCCCCUUCUUCCAGAUUCCAUCCCCUUCUCCCAGAUUCCAUCCCCUUCUCCCACAUUCCAUCCCCUUCUCCCAUAUUCCAUCCCCUUCUCCCAGAUUCCAUCCCCUUGUGCCAGAUUCCAUCCCCUUCUCCCAGAUUCCAUCCCCUUCUCCCACAUUCCAUCCCCUUCUCCCAGAUUCCAUCCCCUUCUCCCAGAUUCCAUCCCCUCCUCCUAGAUUCCAUCAAUUCCAUCCCCUUCUCCCAGAUUUUAUCCCCUUCUCCCAGAUUCCAUCCCCUUCUCCCAGAUUCCAUCCCCUUCUCCUUGAUUCCAUCCCCUUCUCCUAGAUUCCAUCCCUUGUCCCAGAUUCCAUCCCCUUCUCUCAGAUUCCAUCCCCUUCUCCCAGAUUCCAUCCCCUUCUCCCAGAUUCCAUCCCCUCCUCCUAGAUUCCAUCACCUUCUCCCAGAUUCCAUCCCCUUCUCCCUCAUUCUAUCCCCUUCUCCCAGAUUCCAUCCCCUUCUCCCAGAUUCCAUCCGCUUCUCCCAGAUUCCAUCCCCUUCUCCCAGAUUCCAUCCCCUUCUCCCAGAUUCCAUCCCCUUCUCCCAGAUUCCAUCCCCUUCUCCAGAUUCCAUCCCCUUCUCCUUGAUUCCAUCCCCUUCUCCCAGAUUCCAUCCCCUUCUCCCAGAUUCCAUCCCCUUCUCCCAGAUUCCAUCCCCUUCUCCCCGAUUCCAUCCCCUUCUCCCCGAUUCCAUCCCCUUCUCCCAUAUUCCAUCCCCUUCUCGCAGAUUCCAUCCCCUUCUCCCAGAUUCCAUCCACUUCUCCCAGAUUCCAUCCCCUUCUCCCAGAUUCUAUCCCCUUCUCCCAGAUUCCAUCCCCUUCUCCCAGAUUCCACCGCCUUCUUCCAGAUUCCAUCCCCUUCUCCCAGAUUCCAUCCCCUUCUCCCUGAUUCCAUCCCCUUCUCCCAGAUUCCAUCCCCUUCUCCCAGAUUCCAUCCCCUUCUCCCAGAUUCCAUCCCCUUCUCCCAGAUUCCAUCCCCUUCUCCCAGAUUCCAUCCCCUUCUCCCAUAUUUCAUUCCCUUCUCCCAGAUUCCACCCCCUUCUCCCAGAUUCCAUCCCCUUCUCCCUGAUUCCAUCCCCUUCUCCCAGAUUCCAUCCCCUUCUCCCAGAUUCCAUCCCCUUCUCCUAG